AUGGAUGCGCUGUAUGGAUGGAUAUACGACCUUCGCCUUGUCGUAUCGGACGGACGCCACGAGAGUGAUGCAAGCAUCAUCGUGCAGGUUCGUGACGUCAACGACAACCCACCCAUCUUCAGUCAGCAUUUAUACGAAGUCUGGAUUCCAGAAGAAGAUGACAAGGAUUUGCCUAAACGCGUGUUGACGGUGCAAGUGACCGAUGGAGAUUUCGAUCGACCCCGAGCCAUCGUGUUCUCUCUGUCGGGUCAAGGAAUCGACGUCGAAAGUCCCGAGAACUCACAUUUCGAGAUCAUCCCUUCGACUGGAGAAAUCUACGUUAGGAAGCCUCUAGACCGUGAUUCUCCAAGGGGACGACCUACCUGGGGACUGACCGUCUUCGCUCAGGAUGAAGGAGGCACCGGGUUGGUCGGUUACAGUGAGAUUGCUGUUCAUCUGAAGGACGUCAAUGACAACGCGCCAGUAUUCCCGCAGGUGAUAUACUACGGCAACGUCACCGAGAACGGGGUAUACGGCCAAGAGGUCAUCACCAUGAAAGCUGACGACUACGACGACCCAGACGAGGCUGCAAACGCCCGGCUGACCUACUCCAUCGAGAAGAACGUCAUUGACGAGAAGACCGGCAGGCCCAUCUUCAUGAUCGAACCCGACACGGGAGUCGUCAGGACAGCAGUGUGCUGCCUCGACAGGGAGGAGACUCAAGAGUAUUCGAUUCAGGUGGUGGCGAUGGAUGGGGGUGGACUUAAAGGAACAGGUACGGUGAGCAUCCUCAUUCUAGACCUCAAUGACAGACCUCCCAGAUUUACGAGAGAGGAAUGGAAUAUUGAAACGGAGGAAACCGUUGGGUCUGUCCUGCCCACAGAACCCAUCCUCACCGUGUCGGUUCAGGAUGAAGAUGAGACGAAUACGUUUAGCUAUGAAGUCAUCACGUCCUCAGGUUACGGAGCCGAUAAGUUUUCGAUCGUCACCAACGACGACGGUACAGGAUCCCUCGUGGUUGCGAAACCUCUAGAUUUCGAGGACCCUAGACAAGUGAUGGGAUUCAGAUUUCAAAUUCAAGUCAGUGACUUAGGGGAGGAAGGUCUGCAAGACCCUUAUCACUCUGCACGAUCUUGGAUUAAUGUGAAAUUGAAAGAUAUCAAUGAUAAUAAACCUCGCUUUAUUGAUCCUAUCAGAGAAAUUCGAGUGUAUGAGAACGUCCCGGUAGGCAGAAGACUGGUUAAUAUCACAGCAUCCGAUCCAGAUAAAGGAGGGAAGAGCAAAAUAACCUACCUAAUAGAUAGGGCCUCUAAUAAACAAAGACAUUUCCACAUUGACAGCUCUGGAUCUGUAACUAUUCAGAGACCACUGGACAGAGAAACCACCCCUUACCAUGUAAUGAAGAUACUAGUCGUCGAUGAUGGCACACCUGCAAUGACAGCCACAAAUCUGCUGACAGUUUCCGUGAUGGAUGUCAACGACAACGCACCCGAGCUCCGAGAGGGCUACCAUCCAGUCAUAACUGAGAAUCAUCAGCCAAGAGUAUUUGCAGAGAUUCGAGCAGUGGAUGCGGAUGAUAUUCUGAAGGGAAACGGCCCUCCCUUCCACUUCCAGCUCAGUCCGCUGGCCUCUAAGGAGAUCAAAGAUUCCUUCAAGGUUACCAACAUUCCAGAGGGAGCGAAUGGUGAGGGCAUGGCAGUGAUAUCCUCCCUCAGGAAGUUCGAUCGUGAACUGCAAAAAAAAUUUCAUAUUCCCAUCAGUAUUCACGACUCUGGUGUUCCUCCCAUGACUGGGACCUCGACAUUAACUGUUAUCAUAGGAGACGUUAAUGACAAUGAAAUGAAAAGGGGGAAGAAAGAAGUCUUAUUUUACAGUUAUAAAGGUAGAGCACAUGAAACAAAGGUCGGUCGUGUUUAUGUUUGGGAUCCAGAUGAUUGGGAUAUAGAAGAUAAAAAGUUUACCUGGGCGAUGAAUCCCCACCCUAACUUCCACCUGAAUGAAGACAGCGGAAUGAUUACCAUGAAAUAUGCGACCAGCGAAACUUCGUAUGAACUCGAGUUUUAUGCUCAAGAUACCAGUCACUUGCAGGUAAAAAUAGAGGCCAAAGUUACUGUACACGUGAGGCAUGUGUCUGAUACUGCUAUAAAAAAUGCCGGGUCUGUUCGGAUUGAGGGAAUUUCUGAUGAAGAAUUUAUCAGUCAGUGGAAUGACAGAACUAGAAACCCCAAACGCAGUAUUGCUGAGUUUUUCCAGGAAAAACUUGCAAAUAUUUUUGAAGUAAGUCCGCACAGCAUUGACUUGUUCAGUAUUCAGUCGAGAAAAAGAACUCCACCAGAGACCGAUAUUUUAUUUUCAAUCUUCGACUCCCGUUACUUUACGUCGGUUGAAUUAAAUGGCUUGCUCAUGAUGCACAAAGACGAAAUUGAAAACCAACUAGGCUUGAAUAUCAUCAUGAUAGGGAUAGACGAGUGUUUGCCUGAAAACCAUCAUUGUUCUGGUUCCUGUACAAGUAAGUUAGAAGUGCUCAAACCCCAGUAUUUAGUGGAUGCCAACAGAACUGCGUUUGUGGGUGUGCGAACGAAAGUGUUACCCGAAUGCACGUGCAGUGCGAGAAAUUUUUCUGAAACGGAAUCCUGCCGUCCAAAUCCAUGCUAUAACGAUGGACAAUGCGUACCAGACGAGUUCGGCGUCCGCUGUGACUGCCCAGAAGGGUUUAACGGACCAAGAUGCCAGUUAUUAUCUAGAAGUUUUCAAGGAAAUGGCUUCGCUUGGUUCCCCCCUUUGAAGACAUGUGAAAGUUCCCAUCUAAGUGUCGAAUUUCUAACUGUAGAAUCUCAAGGAUUAAUUUUCUAUAACGGUCCCCUGUUCUCAAAUAGUCUGAGUAAGCAAUUUUUGAAGGAUUUCAUAGCGUUGGAGGUAACAGAGGGCAAACUGAGGUUUUUCAUUAAUUUUGGAUCAGGCACAUUACAGCUGAACGUGAUUGCUUCUGGUACUUUGAAUGAUGGCAAGUGGCACAAAGCUGACAUCUUCUGGGAUAGAGAGACAGCAAGGGUAGUUGUAGAUCAGUGUGCUGACGCUGUGGUUUCUGAAACCAGCAAAAGGGAUCACAGGGCGGACCUCUCAUCGUGCCAGGCCUUCGGGAGACUGCCUCCAUUCAACGAAUAUAUAAAUCUAAACAGCCCACUGCAAGUUGGGGGCUUAGCUCAACACCCUGGGCUUCUUAGAAAUCUCUACCCUGAAGAUGAGACGCCCCUGGGGCAACCUUUUCAGGGCUGCAUCAGAAACCUGAUGAUAAACAGCCAUUUGUAUGACUUCGCCAGUCCGGGCCUGCAGAGAAACAGUGAAAGUGGAUGCUCCCAGUUUGAGAGAUCCUGUCACAAUAACUCCUCUCAGUCAUGGUGUGGCCCCAACGGCGUUUGCGAUGGCUCCAUUACCGAGCCUUUCUGUUCGUGCAACCCUGGCUGGACGGGACCUUACUGCGAUGAGCCGACUGUCCCAGCCUUUUUUGAAUCUCAAUCCUACGUCAAGUAUUCAUUGUCCUUUCAGCCCAAUCCUUUUCGCACGAGUUUUCAAUUGAGGUUCAGGACUUGGGAGGGCAAUGGUGAAUUAAUCCGAUUAUCUGACCACCUCAGUCAAGGACUUGGUAUUCUCGAAAUUAGAGAUGGGAACUUGCAGUAUCGUUUUAUUUUGAACAGCUCAAAAGAACAGAGACUGUGCCUUUCAUUUGUCGCUGUGAAUGAUGGGAAGUGGCAUGUUGCCAGAGUUGAGAGAUUUGGACCGGUGGUUAUGCUUUUCCUAGAUGGCGGAGAAGGAAGGAGAUAUAAUGAAACCUCCAUAUUCUCAGGCCCCAUGCUGAUGAAUGUUGACGAGCAAGAAGGCCUGUAUGUCGGUGGGAGAGUUCUUUAUACUAGUGCUAACGUCUUCUCCGUGUACAAUGAUUAUAAUCUUGGCUGCUUAGACGAUCUUCGAGUUGAGGGUAAAGCCCUCCCCUUGCCUCCGGGGCUUACUGGAACCCAGUGGGCACAAGUAACUGUGUUCCACAACCUUGCUUCGGGGUGUAUUUCUCCUAACCAGUGCCUUAAUAUAACCUGCAUUGCGCCACUCAUUUGCAAGGACCUUUGGAUGAAACACGAAUGUGGUUGCCCAGAAGGGACUUUGCUCUCGAAAGACCAUCGAGUUUGCCUUGAUGAAGACGAAUGCCUUUCUAGUCCAUGCAAGAAUGGGGGUAUAUGCUACAAUCAGCAGCCAUCCUACGUUUGCCGGUGCCCUGACGGGUAUGAAGGCAUCAACUGUGAAAUGAUAAAGGAGAUAAGUUCAUCACCCCCUAGUCUGCCUGCUCUGGCUGCUAUUACCGUCUGCCUCAUAACAGUAGUGGCCUUGCUGGCUGCCUUUUUGUUUUGUCUGCACCUCAGAAGACAACGGAUCCAGCAGAGGGAAUCUGAGAAGAAGAGGCAGAGCGCUGACGUUCAGCUCGGAAGUAAACGUUCUGUCGAAGGAGAGAUGACAGUUCUUGACCUUACCGCGAUGAACAUAGCACCUGUCUCCGUGGUCACGAAUGGCGGGAACUUCUUAAGAGGCAAAACGCAAGACGUAUCUCUGAGCAGCGGCAUCACAAGCGUGGACGUCAUCGUAAGCAAUCACGAGGAAAACACUCUGGCGAAUUCUCCACCACAGCCGCUCCACUGGGAAAACCUCUGUCACUACAUCUGCGACGGCGGGGAAUCUUCUGUCACCUACCUCCCGUCCCUUAGCAACCAGCCCCAGGAGACAAAGUUUUGAUAGACAUGAAGAGUGAGCCUUCAAGAAAUAACAGACCAGCAACAUCACAGGAUUGGGUGUUUCAGCUGUAGCUGCUACGAAUCGCUCACCUGAGACCUUUCCUAUUGGGUCUUUCAACAUCUGAAAAUCAGAACCUCCAGUUUUCGAUUAAUCCGAUAUCAUCUUCAGUUAUGUUGUCAAACUAAUGGAAAUUCUCCUAUUGGGUUCAAACAAUUCGUACUAAAUACUGCUGUAGUAAUGAUAAAAAAUUCCAAUUGCAAAUAACAAUAAUGAAAUGUCUAAUGCAGAAACUAACUGGGGAAGAUUUUUCUAUAGAUGUUAUAUGUAAAAUCAAACUAAUUAUUACAGAUACCAAAGUCACUGAGGUUAUAAAUGACUCAGAUUUACUGAUGUCUCAGAGAUGUGUCUCAAUUUCUAAUUAUGCUAGCAAUAUAAUUAUUCAUUUUCGUCAUACUGACACCAUUCAGGAAUUUUUGAUUCUGUUUAAAUAUCACUAACAUCAGUAACUUGACAAAUUGGGUUAAAGAAAAUGCAUAUCAUCGGUUAUUAGUAGUAUUCAAAGAGGACGUGACAAGAUAAGGUAUUAGCAAGAGCUAAUUGUUGUCUGAAUUACGCAAAGUCCCUUUAAGAAGCAUGGAAAGCAUUGCCAUUCUUUAAUAGGUGCCAAAUCUCUGAGAUGGGGGUAAUCUAACUUGAAACCCCGAAAUCAUGAAGAAUUUCCUUAAAAAUCUAAGAUAAAAUUAUGAUUUUAGUAAUAAAGUGCCUUUUAAACGUACUUUUUUCCAUGACCUGAUUGUAAAAAUAUAAAUGGCAUUUCUGGUUCUCGCAGAAACUAAUGGUAUAAGUGAUUUCUCAAAUAUAUAUUAGAGAAUUUUUAUACUCUGUAACAUCUCUCACUAUGGAUGUGUUUAUA